ACUUGACUCCCUGCAUGAAAGUUUUUCAGGGCCCUUGAAGCCUCUUGCCAGAGUUUCAUUUUGGUCAUUCUGGGCCAGGAGCCAAAUGAAAUUUCUCUGCCUCAGUUUCAUGAGGAAAUGCUAACUCAUUGCGUGUUAGCCCAGGCUGGUGAUGACACUCGCCCUGGCUCCUCCUCUUGGCUUUGUUAGAAUGGGGAAAUUUCCAGCAUAUAAUCGUGUCCAUGCUGCGCUGUGGCAACAAGGACCUCGGGAGUUCGAGCAGUGCCUUUCGCAACCGUGGUGCUGCUUGCAUCUCAACUCUAGCUGUCUCGAGGCUAAGCGUCAUGGAAGGACCAGACCUGCUGGAGAAUGGAAAUAUUCCACAGAAAAGGAAAUUCCCAUGUUUUCAAGUGGCUUUAGUAUUUAUUUUGAUUACUAUUUCAGCCCUGGUUCCUGUGGUCUUCUGUUUAUUCCAUCUUAAGCAGGCACCGGGACCAUGCUGGGCACAUGGAUUUUUAAAAAAGCCUUCACACUCUGAAGUUCCCAUGCUCUGGGAGUGGAACUUAGAGCACUGUGAUGGUGUUGUGCAGAAGGACGAUGACCAGUACCUCACAAUCAAAAAGAGCGGCAACUACUUCAUCUAUGCUCAGGUCCAUCAUGUAAAAAGUAUGGAAGCGUCUUUUGCAGUGGAGCUGUACAAAAUGCCAAACAUCUCCCUCAACAAGGCUGUGGGAUCAAACAUGGGAGAUGUAAAGGGCUCAAUAAAUUUUGGCAGACCCAUUUUCCUGCAGGAGGGAGAUAAGUUGGGCUGUCGGGUGAAUAACAAAUACCUUGACUCUCUUGAGCCAGGGGAUCAGACUUAUUGGGGACUGUAUAAAAUAUAGCAGGAUUCUCCCAAAUCAGCUCCUCCCUUACUCCUCCCAGGAAACCUCAGGGCAUGGAUGAAGAGUCUACAAUUUCUCUUUGUAAGAAACUGAACUUGCUGGAAAUACAUGCCAUAGUAGGCUAGUAUCCUGCAAUGACAAAUUAAGGUGUAAAACAAAGUGAAUAGCAAACUUUGGCAAUAACAGAUGCCACCUGAACAUCACAAGUAUGAGAGAAAGAUGCUUCUGGGAGGAAAAAUUCUUGAUGCACUAUGGGACUGACUCUGAGAUCCUGGAAAAACAAGUCACUAUAUUCAGUCUGUCCUGAGCUGGGGAGGAGCUCUGCGCUGCAGCAGGUUGCAAUUCAGAGCUGGAUAUGUGUCAGUACCUUGGGUCCUUCUAACAAAAGGUGCUAUGUAAAACUAAGGUUUUCUAUAUCCUUUCUGCUCAACCCACCUGCAAAGAGAUGUGUCUAGAGCAGAGGGACAAAAUAGUUCAGAAACAGUCUGUGACAGAAAGCAAGCUUCUCAGUCUCAUCCACAGCCUUGCUGCUAGCAAGCGAGGCAUCACGUAGGAGCCACCCCAGGGAAGAUCCAUCUUCAUGGGCAGUUCAGAUGACAAAGACCUUUCCAGUCAAGUGGGAGCAGUGCUGCACCACUGCAAAUUCAAGUGAGCUCCCUGCCAUGGUCUAGACAUGCACAAAACAGAGAUCUUGUGGAUCCAGCCAAUGCAACUUCUCUGCAUCCAGCUGGCAUAAAGGAUGCAUCACUGCUGGUUGAGUAGCACAGAAACACAAUGAAAGUUGCUGUAAGUAGAGGUUGCAGAGAAGGAACAACAGAAAGAUGAAGGGCAGAGCAGACAGUCCUCACACAAACUGGGUGAAGGCUGAGAAACCCUCCAUACUGCCUCCUUGCCACCAGCACAGCUUUGAUAUCCAGCACAAAGCACAAGCUGUGCCAGUGUGGCAGCUCGGAGCUGCGAAAUGUGAGCUAGCAGAGGCGCAGCAGUCUAACCAGCAGGUACUGAGAUAAUGCUCUCUUUGAGGCCCUGGCUAUCUGCUCUGCUUCAUGGGACGAGCAUAAAAUCACCUGCAGAUCACAGGAAGGUCUCAAGAUCUCAGCAAAGGCAAAGCUCUCUUGGAAAACCAGGCUGCUGUGGGGGCAUGACUUCAUGGUUCCUCUCCCUUGCCUGGCCAGGCACUCCCAGAGGCUCUUUGCUUUCCCUUCCUGCCACCUAGACCUUCAAGGGUGAAAACUGCCCUACCAUUCCUCAGAGCGUGUCACAGCCUUGUGGAUGGAUUUUCAUGGAAAAGCAAAGCAAGUGAGAAAUUGGCUGGAAAUAAAUAGGGACAUAGUGUGGGGUGGGGCAGACAGGGGUGCUAUUUGCUCUUGUAAUUUCAUAUUCUAUGUAUUGCAACUCUAAAAGAGCUGAAAGUGAACUUUUUGCUGAGGCAGCUGCAGUCUUGUGUUUUGUUUCAUACAAGCUGUUACGUAUUAAAAUGCUACUCUCGUUCUUACUUCGCUCUGUUGUCUUCCCUUUGUUUACAGUAAU